AUGUUUUGUGUGGAGUUCCUAGGGCACGCUAAAAAACGCGAAUUUGGCACAUUUCGCAAUACUUUUGCAACCAACUGUACCCAUGCGUGCGGACUGCACUCUGCAGACGAGCGGUUUACACCAUACCGCCACCCGCUGCCCUCCGCGGACGUGCUCCUCCACGCUGGCGACAUCACCAUGAGCGGGAUGGAAAACGAGCACGAAGUCAUGGUGGACAUGCUCAAGCAGGCCGACGCCGAGCUGAAGAUCGUCAUCGCCGGCAACCACGACACGUCGCUGGACGAAGCGUACUAUAACGCCGUCGGCCGCGAGCGAUAUCUUUCUCGCCGCAGCCAAGUCGCGGAUUUGGCUAGGAUCCGCGCUUUGUACUGCGGCGAUGAGGCCAAGCGCCAUGGCAUCUGCUACGUUGAGGAAGGCCUGCGGACGUUCUCGCUGCGCAACGGCGCGCAGUUCACCAUCUAUACCACCCCCUAUCAGCCGGCGUUCUGCGACUGGGCGUUUGGCUACCAGCGAGACCAAGACCGCUUUAGUGCCUCUGCGACGGCGCAACCUGAGAACCCGGUGCCGUCGUUCCCGGGCGUGCACAUCAUGAUGACCCACGGCCCGCCGAGGGGGUUCCUGGACCGCGUCUUUCGCGGAGAAGAUGUGGGCUGUGAGCAUCUGCGCCGGGCUGUAGGCCGUGCAAAGCCCUUGAUCCAUUGCUUUGGGCAUAUUCACGAAGGCUAUGGCGCCGUGAGGAUGAACUGGAACUCAGAGAUCUCGGAGACCAUUUUGCAAGACGGGGAUGCAGAGCUCAAGAACAGAGGAGCGUUCGUCGAUGUGAGUGGUGACAGUGACAAUCCACUGAAGUUCGGCACGGAGACGCUGUUUGUGAAUGCAGCAAUAUUGACUGUUUCGUAUCAACCUUUGAAUGCCCCCUGGGUUGUUGAUGUUGACCUUCCACAUGUGUCAGAGGGUGCAUGUGGCAGUAAAGAGGAUCAAGCUAGAUGA